GUCCAAGCUCAUGGGAACCGACCAUCCGCGGCAACUCUGGUGCAGAGAGAUCAUGUACAUGACCCGCGAAGACAGCUUUGCCUUCUAAUUUCGUUGGUGACAUUGGUGACACCGUUCAUAUAAUCGCGAGGCUGCCAAAUUCCUUGAUGCCAAACUGGUUGACAGCGGCCGGUAACGUUUCAUGAUAGCGGCACUGCCAACGACCGGAUGAUGUGUGUGGCGAGCUUAGUCAAUCCAGCAGAUAAAAGCAACCUCUCCGUCGUCUGCCUGGGAUGAUUAUCUCAUCGCUCUCUCGCAAAACAGCAUCCCUCAAAAUGGAUCUCCAUCCAACCCUCCGGGGCAUUCUCGCGAUAACACUGGCCGGCUUCGCCCUGGUCGCCCACGCCCUACCACAACCACAGCCUCAGGCCCAAGAAACCGUCGCCCCUUCGCCCAAAGUCUGGGUACACGUCGAUGCCACAACCAAGGGCGUAACCAUCACGCCCACCGUGACGACCUACCGCGACGGCGACAAAAACACCCAAAGCGCGCCCCCGCCGUAUCUCACCGUAUCUAAAGCAUACAGCAGCUUCAAAGACGACGGGGUUCUGGCGACCUUCACCAGCCUCAACCCUGCUCCAACUGCCUUGGGAAUCUCGGGAGCGACCGACCCCCGCGGCGAGUUCCUGGCUUGUCUACCGCAGCAAUCGCUCGAUGAGCCGUUCUGCGCUCCAAAGCGGGAUGCGAUCCUGAGGCCUGGACAGGGGUACUACAUAACAUGGAACACCCUCUACUUUGCCCUCCCCAACCAGCGUGUGCAAAUCCUUCUUCAAACCGCCAACGUCCCUGACUCCCUCUCCCAAGACUCCUCCUCCUCCUCUUCUUCCCCGAAGCCCGUAACCCCAACCCUCCCCCAUUUCUCCAUCCUCCCCGCCGACCAAGGUUUCGCCUUGCUCCCCCUUCCCAGAUCAUUCCUGGGAUCCUCCUCUUCGCACCAGAUAAUCAGACUCAACAUCACCAUGGCUGUCUGGGCCAGCGGUAACUACGACGAAGACGCGCCGACCGAAACAAAGCAAGGUCCUUUGGUCUACGUCACCAACGGUUACCAGUCCGAUGAUGUUGACGACGACGACGACAACGAUGACGGUUUGGUCGGUGACCCUGGUGACCUAUCCAAGGGCAAGAAAAUCGCCAUAUCCGUCCCCGUAGCCAUUGUGUCUCUGCUGGUGCUCGGUGGAUUGUUCGCUUUUGCGGUGUGGGGAUAUAGGAAGAAAGGGGCAGUGCCGUGGGUUGGUGGACUCUUCGGUAAGAGAAGGGGAGGACCGGGAGGUAGGGGUGGUGGAAGCGGGUAUGGAGUGAGGAAGAGUUAUUCGGAGAGGGUUGGCGGGAAGAGAGGCGCUGGCGCGGGAGUGUCGGGGUUUGAAGAGGGGAUGAUCGCGACGAGGGGCGCGGGGGAUAACAAGGGCGGUGGUGGUGGUGGUGGUGGUGGUGGUGGUGUCGAGUUGACGGAUCGGGACAGUUGGUCGCCGACGAGCCCGACUAGUGCGCGGUUGGGCGGGGUGAAUGUGUUCCGCGCGGAGGUGGAGAGGCAGGAAAGGGCAAGGCAGGGCUGAGGCAUGGUCAUGGCCAUGGUCGCGAUGCGGUUGUGGAGGAGGGACGGGAAAACGAUGGAAUGAUGCCGAUGAUUGUUAUGUCAUUUUCUCUGGUUGGUUAUGUAUGGUUGUUCAUAGAGCA